AUGAAACUCAACAUUGCCUACCCGGCUACAGGAUGUCAAAAAUUGUUCGAAGUUGAUGAUGAAAAGAAGCUCAGAAUCUUCUACGAGAAGCGUAUGGCUCAAGAAGUUGAAGCCGAUGCUCUUGGUGACGAAUGGAAGGUAAGACAAUUUUUCGUUAACAUUAUUUUGCUUUUAGGGAUACAUUCUCCGUAUCACCGGUGGUAACGACAAACAAGGUUUCCCCAUGAAGCAAGGUAUCUUGAGCAACGGCCGUGUCCGUCUUCUUUUGUCCAAGGGCCACUCAUGUUACCGUCAAAGAAGAAAGGGAGAACGCAAGAGAAAGUCCGUCAGAGGAUGUGUCGUCGAUGCCGCUUUGUCCGCUCUUUCUCUUAUCAUUGUAAAGAAGGGUAAAUCAUGAUUUAUAUUCAAAAGCAACUUUUAGUAGACUUUAUUAUUUUUUAGGUAUUGGUCUUUAAAUUUUUUAGGAUGUUUUUUAUUUUUAACGGAAAUUGAAGACUUCUAUCUAUUGGAAAACUUAUUGGUGUUUUUUAGGAGAUGCUGAAAUUGAAGGCCUCACUGACAAGACUAUCCCAAGAUCCCUCGGACCAAAGAGAGCCACCAAGAUCCGCAGAUUGUUUAACUUGACUAAGGAAGAUGAUGUCCGAAAGUACGUUAUCCGCCGAACAAUCCAGCCCAAGGAAGAAGGAAAGAAGGUCCGUACCAAGGCCCCCAAGAUCCAGAGACUUGUCACUCCAGCUCGUCUUCAACGUAAACGUCGUGUUGCUGCCCAAAAGGUUAAGAGACGCAUCAAGAACCGUGAGGAAGCCGCCAACUACCAGAAGCUUUUGGCCAAGUACGCCAAGGAACGAUUAGCCGAAAAGGCUGCCCGUCGCCGCUCAUCGGCCUCUGCCUCCAAGUCGGAAUCAAAACAUUCCGUCUCCAAAAAAUAA